AUGCCUCUGCUCUUCUCUCACUGCUUGCCUGUAUCUUCUCAUUCUUACCCUUAUCCCUUCCAAUACAACUCAGAUUAUCCAUUAUCUCAUGCCUCUGCUCUUUUCUCACUGAUUGCCUGCAUCUUCUCAUUCUUACCCUUAUCCCUUCCAAUACAACUCAGAUUAUCCAUUAUCUCAUGCCUCUGCUCUUCUCUCACUGCUUGCCUGUAUCUUCUCAUUCUUACCCCCUUAUCCCUUCCAAUACAACUCAGAUUAUCCAUUAUCUCAUGCCUCUGCUCUUCUCUCACUGAUUGCCUGUAUCUUCUCAUUCUUACCCUUAUCCCUUCCAGUACAACUCAGAUUAUCCAUUAUCUCAUGCCUCUGCUCUUCUCUCACUGCUUGCCUGUAUUUUCUCAUUCUUACCCUUAUCCCUUCCAAUACAACUCAGAUUAUCCAUUAUCUCAUGCCUCUGCUCUUCUCUCACUGCUUGCCUGUAUCUUCUCAUUCUUACCCUUAUCCCUUCCAAUACAACUCAGAUUAUCCAUUAUCUCAUGCCUCUGCUCUUCUCUCACUGAUUGCCUGUAUCUUCUCAUUCUUACCCUUAUCCCUUCCAAUACAACUCAGAUUAUCCAUUAUCUCAUGCCUCUGCUCUUUUCUCACUGA